CCUAUUAGGCUUGUUUCAGGCCCCGGGGUGACAAGGCCCUGCAUUUCGUCGGCUGCAAGGCACUGUGGUCUCCAACGGGCAGACCUGAGAACCUUGGGAACGGCCUUCAGUAGUUACUUCGCACGUCAUAUGCGGCCCCGUUCUUUUUUGCCGCGGACCGGGCGCGCGCGCGUCCAACCUCACCUCCGGACAUCCACCUUCCGACAAGACAAAACUCCUACAAAGCCAAAAAAAAAAAAAAAAAAAACCCCGACGCAGCGCACUCCUGGCCUCAUAUACCCCAAAAGACGACUUUCGACGAUUGACAGUCCCUCUGCUACUGCUUCAUUACCACACGUCCUCCGACUUACGCCAUGAGCAAGCCGGGCCUGUCGUUCGGGCUCAAUGUCCGCAACAAGAAGCCCGGCGCCCCAAAACCCGUGCCUGCGCGAAAGCCCAUGUUUGCCGGCGAUGACGAUUCCGACGACGACAACGCGAAUAGCGCCGCCGCCGUACAAGAGCUCGGCGGGGAUUUCAAUCUCGGGUCCGCAUCGGCGCACACCUCGAGGAAAAGCCACAAGCCGAGCAGCACACUACCUACGAACCCGCCGACGCUCAAGUCAAAAUCGCAGCACAAACCUGCCCUGGGAGACUUGUCAAGCUCUCUCGCAUCCCGCAAGAACGCCGUGGCCGCUGCGGACCUGGACCCCAGUGUCUACGAGUACGACUCUGUCUACGACUCGCUCAAACCCCAGAAGCAGACCACCAAAGAGGACGUCGAGCGGAAACCCAAGUACAUGAAGAGCUUGCUGCAAGCCGCCGAAGUGCGAAAACGCGACGCGCUCAUUGCUGAGGAAAAGAAGAUCGCGCGCGAGCGUGAGGCCGAGGGCGACGAGUUCGCUGACAAGGAAAAGUUCGUCACCGAGGCAUACAAGAAGCAGCAGGAGGAGAACCGGCGGCUGGAAGAGGAGGAGAACCGGCGCGAAGAGGCCGAGGCAAAGAAAAACGAGGGAGGCGGCAUGUCUGCGUUUUAUAGGAAGAUGCUCGACCGCGGCGAGGAGCGGCACGCACAGGUGGUCAAGGCCGCGGAAGAGCGGGCGAAGUCGGGUCAAAACGCAUCCGAGACUACCAACGACAACCAAGAAGAAGACGAGGAUGAUGAAAGGACGCAGGCAAGGCUGGCGCGGGAAUUGAACGAGAAAGGCGCGGGCAUCGCGGUCAACGAGGACGGUCAAGUCGUCGAUAAGCGGCAGCUCCUCCAGGGUGGUCUCAACGUCGGCGUGAAGAGGAAGGAGGCGGUGCAGAAAGAGAACGCUAGGCGCGGGCCCCGAGACGGUGACCAGCGAUACGCUCACAGCGGGCAUGCCGCCAAUAGGAAGCAGGCAAUGCGGGAGCGGCAGUCACGCAUGCUGGAGGAGCAGCUGGAGCAGACAAUGAAGCGCACGCGGGAGAGUGGAGACGCACAGAGAGUCGAGAUGGAGCGGGCGAAUAAGAGCCGCAAGACGGAGGGCGAGAUCUCAAGCGCAAAGGAAAGAUAUCUCGCCCGCAAGAGGGCCGCGGAGGAGGCCAAGAACAAGGGCGUGGCCGAGAAGAAUUAGAUACCCAGCAUCGAGCCGCGAUGGCGACGAUUCAUGUUAUAUAUCAAGUGUUGUGUGUCCAAA